AUGAAAAGAAAUUUGAUCAUCAGGAGUCGAGGUUUAGGCCUAAAGUCAUUGGCACGUUCUCGAUUCUCAAACCAAGCGAUAAAAUCACAACAACCAGCAUUUAUUUACAAUCAUCCAACAAUUUCCUCUCAUUCCGAAACAAAGAGCACAUUUUCAAAUUUAAAUUUCCAAAAUAUCAUCGGAGAACACUGCUUUUCAACAUGGCUCGGAACCUCCAGGAAUAGGAUGACAGCAUCAUCUGAUAGUGGAAAAGUAACUUCUACACCCUUUUUGAAGAGAACAAUAUUAGAGGAACAAUUUAUGAAAUUGUUUUCUUCCUCCCAACAAUCUUCGUCGCAAGCAGACAAGAAACGUUCUGGUAUUCUAUUACUUGGGCCUGAAGGAUGCGGUAAAACUAUGUUCAUGCGAAAGAUGGCUUCUAAAAUUCGAGAACAGGAUAAUUUAUUAACUGAGAAUGAUGAUCAUCACAGCGUAGUCAUCGAAUUCGGAAGUUGCAAGGAAUGGGUCAACACUUAUGUUUCUGCCAGUAGUGCCCAAAAACCUGCAUGUAUUCACUUUGUGAAAGUACUGCUGGGUGAGAUUGAGUCUGAGCACGAAAGGUAUAUGAGAAAGUUUAGACUCAUGGAAAAAUUAGAAGCUGAGAGGCUAAAAGCACAUCAAUCAUCUCUGAAUGACCCUUCCAAAUCUCCAUCCACUCCGUCGGUGCAACCCAACAACAAUGAAGAGAAUCAUGACGAUGAAGAAAACGACUCAGCAGCUCUUUCUGGGCUUAGAGCAGCUGUUCAAGUACUUGAAGCUUGGAAAGAAUAUCUUCAAGAACUAUACAAUGUUAGAGACGAAUUAUCUCAGAAAGAUUUUAUAGGCUCACUAUCCAAGUUUACCAACCUUCUUUCAGAUAAUACUUUUAUGAAAACAAUAAUAAUGUAUGAUGACUAUGAAGCUAUUUUCGAGCAACCACAACCCAAUAAGGCCAUGUUUACAAUUUAUCCAUUUUUUGAAGCAGUGAAACCCACAGCCAUGUUCAAGAAUGUAGAUUUUGUCUAUGCGGGAAGUGAAGACACAAACCUUUUUAAAUACACAUCUUCCUUCCGAGGUCAAUCAGAAAAACACAAGCUAAUGAAGAUUGGAAGACUGACAAAUGAAGAAGUUGACCACUUUUUAGAGAGCUAUAAAGAAGUGAACGAAAGUCCAUUGCUUGAUCACCCUGAUGACAUUAAGCGGGUUACAGGCAAUUUCAUUGGAGAUAUUGUGAGAUUGUUGAACAAUUAUUCAUCAUUUGAGGACUACAUUCAAGAUAAGACAUUGGAAUAUGAAACUAAGUUAGUACAAUCAAUCUUUGAAGAGAGAUUAAAACAAGUUAGGUAUAGAGCGCAAAUCGAAAGUCAACGAAAUUUGUUGGAGAACAAUGAAUUUGCAGACAUUACAAUUGAAAACAAGCCGUUCACUAUUGGAGGUGUCACAUUCAACAACCAGGAGGAAGUGACAAUGUGCUUAGAUAACGAUAGGUUAACUCUUUACAAUAAUGCAUUCGAUUGGUAUUUAGGUAGAAACGAUAUUACUGAGCGAUAUAAUUCAUCAUACUUGGAAUCUGUGCUUUUAGAUGCAGGUAUUUGGUACAGAGUAGCAUCCGAAUUAGGAACUAGAUAUAAGUUCAGAAACCCCAUGGCAGAGCGUGUUUUUAAACAAAAUUUAGCCAAUCAUUUGUAUGCAACAAAAUUCAAUUUGCAUUCUAGUAGGUCUGACAGAAUAAUGUCACUGUGGUCCACAAAAGCAACUUUCCCAAAAAAGAGAAACGCAUUACUCUAUGAAUUAUUAGCUCGGCUUCUUGAAGACCAAUCCCAAAUUAUUGGAACUGUGCAAUAUACAGCUGGAAAAAAACUGGAAUUGUUGAAAGAAAAGAUUAAGGAGCAAGAAAGCAAAAAACAUCGAUCAAAAAUUGAUGAAUUAUUAGAAAAACCACCUACAUUAGACAUGAAAGGCCUUUCUAUUUGUUUAAAUCAACCUAGCCCUUUCUUAUUUAUUUUUGGAAGAGAGUUGUCAGAAAUGAAUAAGGGUACGAAAUUUGUGCUAAAAGAAGGAAGUCCACCAUUUGAAGUGGAGAUUUUUGAGGUAUCCAAUGACGCCACUGUUGGUGACAUGGUUAAAACAAUUUGCGAACAAGAGACAUCACUCUCCAAGCUAAACGUUGUUUAUCCAAAAUUCAGCGUUUACAACGAUUUGGAUCUUGUGGUCUUUUCCACAAAUUCCCAAACCAAUACUUUGGAUGUUUUUACGUUCAGAAUAGUGGAAGGAAAUGGAUUUGGAAAGAAGCCAGUUGAAUUCCAAGACGAAGAAAAUGUCAAAAAGUUUGCAUCUCUUAUUUCCUCCUUGCCAAAACCAAAAGGAGUGCAAGCGAUCAAUCAUCAUUUUGCAUUGUUAGCACUUGAAAAGUCUCACACCAAUGUGAAAAACUACAACUUGUUCAUGCCAGAUGAUCUUGCUGCCUGUUUUUCCAAAGUUACCAUUUCAUACAUUGAGGAUUAUUUCACCGAAGAUGUUGAGAGAAUCUCUCAAUACGCUUCUUAUCUAAAACAAUUAGAGGAGGAAUUAGAAAAGGAACAAAAUGAUGAGUUGAACUUUAGAGACCCUAAUACUGUUGAGGCAAUGAUGUCACAAAUGGGCCACAAAGACUUGCCGUGGUAUGAUAAACUAGACAUGUAA